AUGAGUAGCAACACAGUCUUGGUUGGCGCCGCGCCUUUUGGAGACAUCUGUGCGGAGAUUCCUAAACCCGAGUUGCACGACAUGCCGUCAUUCCCAAAGUUAAAGUUCCAGAUUCCCAAUGCUCCUAAAUUGUCAAAAUCUGAAGCACCAAAAGUUCCGGAGUUACCAAAGCCAGAAUUUCCUAAAGUUCCUGAAGUGCCCAAGCCUGAAUUACCCAAAGCUCCCAAGUUGCCAAAACCUGAAUUACCAAAAGUUCCUGAGUUACCAAAGCCAGAAUUGCCUAAAGUUCCCGAGUUACCUAAGCCAGAAUUGCCCAAGCCUGAAUUACCCAAAGCUCCCGAGUUGCCAAAACCUGAAUCACCAAAAGUUCCUGAGUUAUCAAAGUCAGAAUUGCCUAAAGUUCCUGAGGUGCCUAAGCCAGAAUUGCCCAAAGCUCCUGAAUUGCCAACAAUUCCUGAGGUACCAAAACCAGAAUUGCCCAAAGCGACUGAGUUGCCAAAACCUGAAUUACCAAAAGUUCCUGAGGUGCCUAAGCCAGAAUUGCCAAAAGCUCCUGAAUUACCAAAACCUCAAUUACCUAAAAUUCCCGAGUUAACAAAACCAGAAUUGCCUAAAGUUCCAGAGGUACCGAAACCAGAAUUGCCCAAAACUCCUGAGUUGCCAAAACCUGAAUUACCUAAAGUUCCUGAAUUGCCUAACAUGCCGAAACCCGAAGAACCCAAAGUUCCAGAGCUACCCAAACCAGAACUACCUAAGUUACCCAAUCUACCAAAGCCAGAAACACCUAAACAAGAAUUGCCUUAAGUUGCCUGAUUUGCCUACCGUGCUAAAACCUUGAAUCAUGGUACUAUGUUUUCCCUCGACAAUAAACAUAUGAUUUUUAGAUAUUCUUCUUAUAAGAGUGUGUUGAUUAGCAUAUUUAAAUUCAUUUCAUGUAUCACUUGUAGACCAGAUUAUUUAUAUAUGUUUGUUUUGAGUGAUUUUAUUGUUAUCAUCUAUAUAUUAUACUUGUAUACUUUCUAAAUAAAUUUAUAGUUAUACACAAAGUUUGAUUUUUUUUUUA